UUGAUUUAAAAAUUUUCAUCAUCAAAUUCAUAAUCAGCGGAACCUAUAAAGGCCUACGAGAAACGAAUUACGAAGGGAAUCCGAUGAAUUUUUACAAAACUUGACCACCAUGUUGGAUUCGCCAUUUUGAAUUUUUAUAUAUUGACUUCAGAUUCGUAAUCAGCGGUGAGAAAUCUUAAAGAAACCGCAUUUCAUUUAAUUUUUUGAAAAUUUUUUGCGGAGUGAUUAUUGUGAUUAUAUUCACAGUGUACAAAUUUUGACACUUCAGUUAUGUGUUGUUUAUGCUCUUUAUUUUCUCCCCCAACACUUUUUUAAUAAUUCACAUAAAUAUUUACGUUGAUGGGCGAAGAAAAGGAAUGCCCUUGCUCCGAUUCAUCAGUGUCCUCAAAUCUAUCAUCCUCCAUAUCAACGGAAAAUGGAAGUGACAAAUUCAAAAAUAAAAUUCCAACAUCAAAGUACAAUGAGUGCAAUCAAUUUUUGGAAAAUCGACUCACAUCAACUUCUUGUCGUGGGGAAAAUUCAAAUUUAAAAAAUGAUGAAAAACUUUGCAUUUGUCAAACUUUUGGAACAGCUGAAAAUAGAAUUCCAGUGAAUUGUAAAUCAGGUAAUAUUUUCACUUCUGUUUUGAAGUGUUUAAUUAUAAUAUAA